AUGGCAGAAAAGGCUUGUAUUAAACGUCUUCAAAAGGAAUUUAGAGCACUUACCAAGGAACCAGUCUCCCAUGUUGUCGCUCGUCCUUCGCCAAAUGACAUUCUCGAGUGGCAUUAUGUGCUGGAAGGUAGUGAAGGAACACCUUUUGCAGGUGGAUAUUACUAUGGAAAGAUCAAGUUCCCUCCAGAGUAUCCUUACAAGCCUCCCGGAAUUACAAUGACUACACCCAAUGGCCGAUUCAUGACACAAAAGAAAAUCUGUUUAUCUAUGAGUGAUUUUCAUCCAGAAAGCUGGAAUCCUAUGUGGUCUGUGUCAAGCAUUCUUACAGGACUUCUCUCAUUUAUGAUGGAUAACAGUCCAACAACCGGAAGUGUGAACACUACUGUAGAGGAGAAACAACGGUUGGCUAAGUCAUCUCUCGCUUUCAAUUGUAAAACCCCAGCAUUCCGGAAGCUAUUUCCAGAGUAUGUAGAGAAGUACAACGAACAGCAACUAGCUGAGCAAGCUGCCACGCAACAGACGACUCCAGAGUCUCCUCAAAGUAACAACACCAAAGCCGAGUCAGAGAAAGCUGUCGACCCAACAAAGGAGCACUCAGAGGGUGGCUUGAAGGGGAGGAGGAAGAACAAGAAACAGGGAUUGCCAGCGUGGAUUAUACUGUUGCUAGUGUCGGUUUUCGGGGUUGUAAUGGCGUUGCCGUUGCUUCAGCUGUGA